AUGGGGUCGUUGUAUCGCUCGGAAGAGAUGCGGUUCUGCCAGAUGAUCGUGGAGAAGGAUUCCGCCUUCUCCUGUGUCGCCGAACUCGGCAAACAGCCCUGGGUUCAGUUCAAGGAUGUGAGUUGAUUUACUUGUUUGUUGUCAUUAAGGUACGGUACUGGUUGUCGAUGCUGUAAAAGUACUGUAGGUGGAUACUGUAACUAAAAAGAUAGGUUAUGGCGACAGUGGAAUGGCCAGAAUAUGGGUCAUACUGUAGUAAGAGCCAGUAGACUUGAGAAACAGAUUGGGCCGGACUUGAACUAAAGAAAGGCCUGGUUUGGCUAUCGAAUGCAGGUCCGGCCCGAAAGAUCAAGACUGCCGCUCGGGUAGGCAUGUCUCGUUUUUGAAGACUAAUCAGUAUACUGUAGACGACAAACAUUUUAAAACUUAAAAGAUGCUAUCAAUGAUAAUAUUUGUAGCUGAACGCCGAUGUAAACUCAUUCCAACGUAUGUUCGUCAGAGAUAUCCGUCGCUUCGAUGAAAUGGAACGAAAGCUACGUAGGUUACUGUAACUUAUACUUACAUUUAUAUAAAGUAUGACAUUUUAAAACCCUUUCCGUAUUAGUGACCAUGUAAUCAUGAUUUACCUCAAUAUAAGCAAGAGUAUAUCAUAUAUGUCUUCAGGAUUCCUAGACGCCCAGAUUCAGAAGGACGGGAUCGAGAUUCCGGACAAAACCUUCCAGGAGCCGAACGACGUCAUCAACCAUUCCGAGAUCAACCAGUUGGAACAGACCCUGACCGACCUCGAGAGGGACGUGAACAACAUGAACGACAGCGACCAACAGCUCAAGAAGAACUACCUCGAGCUCAAGGAAUGGGAGGCCGUCCUCCAGAAGACCGACCAGUUCUUCCAGGGGGUAAGUUACAGUAUGACAUACCAAGUCUGUACAUUCAUGUAAAAGUAAAAUAUAAUAGUGAUUAUUACAAUAUACUUAUGUUACAGUAUGUUAAGUUACUGCCUUCAGGGGAUCGACGAUGCCGCGAUUCAAGAAAUCGAAACCGCCAACGAAACAGAAGCCGGGAUUCAGAUGCGCUCCGACAAGGAGCCCAUGGGCUACAGCGUGGGCGUCAUCAACAGAGACAAGGUCGGCGUGUUCGAACGUGUCCUCUGGCGUGCCUGUCGAAGAACGGCCUUCUUAAGGUCGGCCGACAUCGACGAGCCUCUCGAGAACCCCAAUACGGUAAAGGUUACUGUAUUUUCUAUUAUAUAUUCUCAUAUUCGAACCUUUCAUUGUACACCCAAGGGAACAGAAAUUAAUGUUCUGCAGAUACUUUAAGGUUAAUAUACAGUAAUCUUUUAGGGCGAGCUGAUGCACAAGUCGGUCUUCAUCGUCUUCCACAACGGUGACCGUCUGAAGGCCAUCAUCGACAAGGUUUCCGAAGGCUUCAAGGCCAAACAAUACAACCAAUGUCCAAAGCUAAGUCAAGAUAGACAGACAGCGCUCAGUAAGGUGCAGCAUAACAUCAGAGACAUGCAAACUGUCAUCGGACAGACCAAGGACCAUCGCCUCAAGGUCCUGAAUGCUGCUGCUGCCAACCUGAAGGUGUGGUUGAAGCAGGUAAGUCAAGUUUCAUUGCGAAGUCUAUUUUGAUUGGUAUUCUGUCUACUUCAACAUAUUAUUGUAGGUGAGACUGUACAAGUCCAUCUACCACACCCUCAACUACUUCACUUUUGACGGAAUCGGCAAGUUCUUUGUCGCCGAAUGCUGGAUUCCUUUCAAAGACAUUGAAAGUGUCCGUGCCGCUCUGGAGCGUGGCGUGGAGAAGAACGGUGGCACGGUGAAGCCAGUCCUCAACAUUCUCCACACCAACGAAACCCCUCCCACCUACAAUCGCACCAACAAGUUCACUGCCGUCUUCCAAGGCAUCGUCGACUCGUACGGUAUCGCGUCGUAUUUGGAGCUGAAUCCGGCACCGUACACGAUCAUCACGUUCCCCUUCAUCUUUUCCUGCAUGUUCGGUGAUCUCGGGCACGGUAUCCUGAUGUUCUUGGCCGGCCUCUUCUUGGUGGUCCGAGAGAAGAAUCUGGAGGCGCGACAGAUCAGAGACGAGAUCUUCACCAUGUUCUUCGGAGGUCGCUACAUCAUCCUCUUGAUGGGCAUCUUCUCCAUCCACGCCGGUCUGAUCUACAACGAUCUCUUCGCCAAGUCCUUCAACAUCUUCGGAAGCUCAUGGGUCAAUCCCUACAAGCACGAGGCCCUGGAGCACUGGUUCAACGACAGUGGGCACGGCAAGGAAGCCCACAUGGAAGUGCCCCCAGACUUCAGUUACCAACAUCAGAUGGGCCCCUACCCCUUCGGCAUGGACCCCAUCUGGAACGUGGGAGAAAAUAAGCUCAACUUCCUGAACUCGAUGAAGAUGAAGCUCUCCGUCAUCGUCGGUAUCACUCAGAUGGCCUUCGGAGUGGUGCUGUCGCUGUUGAACCACCGCUUCUUCAAGUCCGCCAUCGACACCUACACCGUGUUCAUCCCCCAGAUGCUGUUCUUGGGCUGUAUCUUCAUGUAUCUGUGUCUACAGAUCAUCCUCAAGUGGAUCUUCUUCUGGGUCCAGGAAGAUGUCAUCUUCGGCCAACAGUACCCUGGCUCUCAUUGUGCUCCUUCUUUGUUGGUGAGUCGUUUCUGA